AUGCUCUUCUCGGGAAGUUCUUCCGCAAAAGUCAAAAAGGAUGAGAAAAAGGAGAAGAAAUUGGAGAAAGAUGAUCGAUACGAUAUUCAGGAAGCUGUAUUUAUGCGCUGGGCAAAUUCAUUGGCUGAUGGAGUAGUGAAAGAACUAAACGAUAUUUUUGAUACAAAAUUUCUAUCUAUUUUUACGCGACUUAUUACGGGCGAUUUAUUUAUAAGCUCGGGUUCUCGAGUACAGGAUAUAUCAAAUGCGUUUCGCCUUGUCGAUAAUGAUGAACGUUUCAGCCAGAUAAGCGUCAACGAACUUGUUGAUGGAAAUCCUCGAGCUGUAUGUUCCGCUGUUUGGCAGCUUGUACAGGUUUUUUGGAAAAGAUUCGCUCCAGCUGAUGUUCGUGAUCAGAAAAUGGCUGAGGCACUGAAAGAUUGGUGUGUUGAACGAGCGCAACGCUUUGAAGUGCAAAUUAAUGAUUUCAUCUCAUCAUGGAGAGAUGGCUAUGCUUUAAAUGCUAUUUUACUAUCAUAUAACCCAGAACUAUUCAGUAUGAAUCAGAUACGUGACAUGCGGGCGGUUGAUCGCAUUGAACAUGCAAUGAGCCUAGCCGAACGUUAUGUCAAUACUCCACGUCUUCUUCAUCCGAAAGAUUUUUCCAGCGAACGUUUGGAUAUGAAAAGUGUUGUAUGUUAUCUCAUGGUACUUUAUCUCUCACUCACAACUGGAGUUCCAUCACCGGAACCGGAACCUCAGUCUCAUCCUGAACUACAAUCAUCUGAACAAGCUGCAGAAUCAUCGGAAUCUUCUAAAAGCACACAAAGCCCUGAGAUAACUAACCAAAAGGAUGAUAUAAAAAGCAAUUUUCAAUCCAUGAUAGAUUCAGUAAUGCAACCGGUAGAGAUUGCUCAUGCUGAGACGGAAUAUCCGGUGCGAAGAAGUCCCGAACAAUCUUCUUCUGCCCCAUCAUCCAGAAGGCACUCACAACUAACCAACGAAAAUAUCGAUACUGGAUCACGUAAAUCUUCCACAUCAAGUCAGAAAUCGGCCCGACGACGAGGUAAAGCGAUGGAAGAGACGGUUGUCGAAUUUGAAGAUUGCCUGGAACAUGUACUGGCAUGGUUACUCGAUGCUGAAGAGCAGAUUAACUGUAUGAAAUCUAUUGAAAAAGAUGAUGUUGAGCUAGUAAAGAGCCAAUUCAAGGAGCAUGAAAUGUUCAUGCAGUCACUAACCGAAAGUCAAGAUGGCGUUGGUCGAGUACUGCAUAGAGGCCAACAACUAGUGCAAAGAAUGGAAGAAGAAGGAGCAGGCGCAAUUGUAUCGCAAUUGCUGAUGGUAAAUGCGAAGUGGGAGCGGAUUAGGGAAGUUGCAAUGUCACGACAAAAUCAGCUUCAGCAUUGUUUGAAUACAGCUCAAAUCAAGCAGCUCGAAUCAAUCAGGAAAUGGCUGGAUAGUAUGGAAGAAGAAAUCCAAAAUGCGCCACCUCUGACAAUGAAUCGAAGUGAAAUUGAGCAAUUAAUCAAUGCCCAUGCAGCAAUUCAAGAGCGCAUCGAGAAUGAACAAAAGAUCGUACGAGGCUUAUCAACAUUUGUAGCUGUGAUAGACGAAUCAGACUGUCAUUUCUCAUACGAAAAUUUGGAAAAAUUGUUGCAGUCCGUUGGACAAAGGUGGAUGAGUGUCUGUGAGUGGGCUGAAAUGCGCGCGCAACAAUUAAAUGGUUUAUCGGAACUGAUCGCUCAAUACAACUCGGCUUAUGGAAAGAUUUUAGAAUGGCUUAAUAAUUGGGAAGAAGAUAUGGGAAGUUUACGGGCUGUGGAUGAAUUGAAGGAGGAAAAUGAAAUAGUUGAUCAGGUGUAUCUAAUACAGAAAUUCGAAUCUGCUCUACAGCAGGGUCAUCCUGAUUUUGUUCACCUUUCACAACUUGCCGUUGAAUUAAUCGAUAAACUUGACAGUACUAAUGGAACAGAUACCAAUCAAAUUCGGCGACAAAUUGAAACAGUUACCCAACGUUGGGAUAACAUUGUUGCUCGAAUUGAUGACCAUUCCCGUAUGUUAGUAAGGAGUGGAAAAGCAGAAGCACGACAACUUCGACCUGAUAGUAGUGAAGAAGAUUAUAUCACCAAGAAGACGAGUGAACAUCACUGUUUGGAAGUGGACAGUCAGUUGGAAAGUGAGCCUUUGUCUACAAUUCAGUUUACUUCACAUGAAACAACUGAUCCGAUGAUUUCUUCCUCAUCAACUCUUUCUGUUAGCACAGUAAUUUCACCAGUAGAUGUUUUCAUUGCGAAUGUGAGCCGUGUUACUGAUGAAUUGCAACCAUUACGUGAAUGGACACAUCAAUUUAAAAUUACUCGAAAUCCGGAUGAAUUCCAAAAUAUCGUACAAGACAAGCUGAAGGAAAUUAAAGAAAAGGAAGUAGAAGUAAGUGGACUGCAUGCAGAAUUGGAUCGAAUUCACAAUCUCGAUAUUUCUACUCCUCAACUACAACUUGCAAAUGAUUCAUUCCAGAACUUUACUCAGAUAUGGUCUGAUAUUGUUACCAGAAUAUCUGAUGCACUGAAUUCCUUGUCAGCGCAUGGUACCUUGAUUGGAGCUGAAAACGAUGAAGAAUUGGAACGAAUAGCAAGUCAAUUAAAUGAAUUUUUUGAAAAAUCCAAGAAUGUAGUUUCGAAUUGCGCUCAAAUACCACUAAGUGAACGGGAAGAACGUGUAAUUAAAUUACAGAAGCAAUUGCAAGAACAAGAUAAACAUAUUAGAUUUCUAGAAGUUAACUAUCCUAACAAAGAACAAAUUGGAGACUUGAAGAAACAUCUGGUGGAAUUGAAACAAUCGGUAGAUAAAUUGAUAGAAAAAGAUCCAAUUAUUGAACGUUUCGAAAAUUACUUACGUUCUACUUUUCCAUGUGCUGGCGACAUCAAUACGCUAAGCAUUGAACUUGAACGUUGUGACGAUUUACUGAAAGACUUGAAACAUUUAAAGCUAAAGGAUCCAAAAGUGGAGCAGCUGGAGAAAUUAGGAAAGGCAAAACGUGAUAGCCUGGCGGAUUACUUAGCAAGGAGUCAGCGAAAUGAUGAAAAGACAUCGGCAUCUGAAAAUAUGCUUUCUUUGUUGACGGAUCGUUUUGCAGCUUUAAAAAGUGCAAAACUAGAAGUACCUGAGCUGUAUAAACAGUUCAUGGAACUACAAAAAGAUAUUCAAAAAGGCUUGGCAAUUCAGAAGGAAUCGGUAAUUCUAAAUGAAGAAAUAAUGUUGAUAACAUUGAGUAGCUCAUCGACCAGUCGUGAUCGAAUCUUCCAAAAGUUGAAAAAUCGGAUGCAGCUAACUGUUGCUGGUUGGAGUACCUUAGAAGAUGAUAUCGAUGAAAAUAUAGCAUUAUUGGAAAAGGAAAAUAAGCGUUUUCAGCAAAGUGCGGUACGAGAAUUUCAACGAAAUAUGGAUGAGCUUCGACGUGCCAUCCAUGCAAGUCGUGAUGCAACAGAUGCAGAAGAAUUCAGCGAAUAUUUAUAUAAUUUGGAACAUUUAUGUGAAACAAUGGAAACGGCCGACAAAGAAUUAGAGAAUUUAUCUGGAAUAAAUGAACGAAUGGCGAAAGAUCUUAAUCAUGUACGUGAACAGCGUCAUGAAGUAUUGGUGCAGGCAAAGGAACGUAUCGAACAACUUGAGGCAGCUAUUCAUAACUGUGAACAGUUUGACAGUUCCUUAACCGAAUGCCAAGCCUGGUGUAAUCAUGUGCAGCUGAUCUUAUCAUGCCGAGUUGCAAAUGACAUUUCUGCAUUGGACGUACCUCAUGAAUACAAGAAUGCUUUUUCCGACGGAACGCUUAUUGCGCAACUCCAAAAGGAAUUCAAUGAUUUCGAAUACUGCAUUAGUGAUUUACGAGAAUUCGUUGUUAAAAAUACCAGUGACUGGGGUACACCAAAUCGUUUGCAAUUACAGCUGGAUCAUAUUACUAAUCAAUUCGAAGAUUUGAUGGCGAGAUUUGCUGAGUUCAAGCAACCAAUUGGUUUAGAAGAACGAGCAGAAAGAUUAUCACGAGAAAUAUCAGAUAUGGAAAAUAGUGUUGACGAAUUGACGGGUGUGCAAGCGGAGAGUUGUAAACAAGCUCUGGAUCACACCAGUGAAAUCACUAGAAGACUUGCUAUGGCAAGAAUACAUUUGGAUGAACUAACUGAAUCCGGAAAAAUGUUUGCCAAAGAACAGAUUUUAACUGCAACUGCUGCGCAAAUUUUAGACAAGAAAAUUAGCAAAUUGGAUGAGAAGCUGAAGAAUUUAAGUGCAAGGAAUACCGAAAUGGCAGAACGUAUGGAAAACUGUGUAAUAUCAUUGGACGUUCUAAACAAUGACAUGAAAAAAUUAGAUGCCGUAUUCGAGAGUGUAGAAUCGAGACUGAAUGCUUUCGUUCGGUCAGAAAACAUAGAAACGGUAGAUGCGGAUCGAGCAACCUUGGAAGAAUUAGUGGAAGACCUCAAUAAAGGUACGUUACUGUUGUCGAAAGCUGAAAAUGUCAUGCAACGAUUGACAAUGGACUCAUUCAAAGUUGAUGAAAGCAUAAUAGAGCAGCGGAAACGUCGAGCUGUACGCUUGCAAGGCGAUUUACGAUCCUGGAUUGAUGCUAUUAAAUGUGUCAGUGAGGACAAGACAGCACUGUUACAAAAGUUCGAAACUUUGCAUAGUCAACUGAAAGAAUCUUUGGCAGAAAUGGAACAAAUUGAAAAUACCGAGGUGUUGCUAGCUGCACUAGACAGGUGCAGAUCGGAUAAGAAUGUUUUCAUAGGACGGUAUCGUCGAUUAUUAAGAUCAGAUCCGGAAGCAGAAACAAAAUUUUCAGUGGUCCUUUCGGAAAUCGAAAAGCGCUGGAAUGAGAUGGAGAAGAAAUGUCAAAAAGCGCGAAGCAGUUCACCUACUGGAUCAGCACCUCCCCAACUGCGUCGUGAUACUAUCCAAGGAGAUUUUCGGGAUCAGAUCAAUUUAUUACAUGAUUUAUACAAAGUUGCUAAUGAUUAUCUGGAUUUUGAACGCUUUCCGGUUUCCUCCGUAAAUGAAUGGUCGAAACGUGUUCAGGAUGUUGACGAGUGGCUUCUUGAUUACACGGAAAGAUUGAAGGAAGUGGUUGAGGAAGGGCGUCGUUUGGCGAGUGGCGGUCGUAUGGAGCUUGAUGUUCACGAUGCCCUAGGCAGUCUGGAUGGAGUUGUUGAUUUAGCAAAUCAGAUAGAAGGAGCCUUGAAGGAAAACAAAACAAAUUUAUUUCCUAUACGAACUAAAGCGGAAACUUUAGAACGAGACAUCAGCGCAAUAUGGGAUAUACUGGACAAGUUUUCAUCCCGCGAUUUAUCGGAAUCGGCUGUUGCAAAUACUACUCAACGUGAUUUACUGGAUCAACAAACGCAGCUAGAUUACUUGCAACGACGAAGUGAUGAUUUGCACAGUUGUCUACCUGGAACUUCCGGAAAUCAACCAAAUACAAUAAUGGAUAAAGUUCAUGAUAAAAUUCAUGAUAUAGAAGAGAAAAUAAAUGCAUCAAUCAGGAAAAGUAAGCAGAAUAUAAAAGUACAAACAGAUAAGCCAUCAGAAGUAAUAACUAGUACAGGUGGACAAUCACUUACGGAGCAACAAGAAGUGGAUAUAAUUUCAACUACUAGUACAGGUGGACAAUCACUUACCCUUGAAGUACAGGAAGCAGAAGAUGACCAAUCAAGAGCGGAAUUAAAGAAAACGGAAUCAAAUAGUUCUGAACCUUUGGUAAUGGCAAUGAAAGUUAACGUUAUCGAAGCAUCUGAAUCGCUCAUGUCUUUGUUCAUCGAAAUGGAUGAAAUUGAGAAAGAAUUAAGUCGAGAUGAUCCAUUACCUUUCAAAGAUUUACAUCUGAAGAUGCAGAAACUGGAGGAAAUGAAUGAAAGUUUCAAAAAGGUUGAACGUGCAAUUGAUGAUUCACAGAUGACAAUGGAUUUGGUAGAAAAUGAAGCGGCACAUGAGCGACUUAAGUCACUUCGAGAUUGGAAGGAUCGCCGCACGAAUGAAAUAAAUAAACUGAUUAAAGCCGAAAGUAGCCUGGAGGAAAACAUGAGAAUCAGCCAGAAACUACUAGAUGAAAUUGGUAAAGCACUAGCUGAAAUAGAUAACCGCGAAAAAUCACCGGAGUUGGAAGAACUAGAGCAUUUUGCAUUUUCUUUAGAGGAUCGAUUACAACGGGUCUUAGCACAAAUACAACACACUUCACUAAAGGCAGAACCAAUACUAACACAUGUAAAUGAAGAAGAAGCCAGUCAACUUCGUGAUAGGUUACAAAGAAUCGGUGAACAGUGGAAAGAGUAUGAAAAUCUCAUUCGGGAAAAGAGACGUAGAUUGGAUGAACGUUUUGCGGAUGAAUCGGAACUGAACAACGAAGUGGAAUUACUCCAGUUUUGGUGUGAUGAAACAGAAACGGAAUGUGCCAUCAUUAUUAGUCCAUUGAAUUUGCCUGCUUUAAAAGAACUCGUAUUGAAAUUGGAGGAACGCUUACACAGCUACGAAAUGAAGCGUGCAAAUUUGCAAGCCAUUGAGCGUUUGAAAGAUCAUCUAAUUAGUGCGCAAUUGACGGAUCCAAGCAGCAAACAUCGAAUACGGCGAGCCGUAUCAGAAAUUGGGAAGCGUCUUAGCUCGAUUCGAAAUCUUCUGCGUGACCGAAAAUCAGAACUUGACAAUGCCGUGAAUGCUGCGGAAAAUUUCCAAGAUGAUCUGAAAAAAUUGCAGAACUUUUGUGAGCGAACGGAAAAAGCGAUUCAGUUAGUAGAAAGUGCGACAAUUUUCGUACCAUCCGGUACUGAUUUGGAUUACGUCCGUUCGCACGAGCGUGAAACUGACGAAAUUGCUAUCAGACUGGAAAAGCAAUGGAAAGAUGUUUCUUCAUUAGGUGAAGCAGUGAUCGAUGAACAGUUUGGAAUUGUCGUACAAGAUACCUUACGUAAAUGGAUAAGUGAUAAGGAAAAACUGGCUGUCACUGCUUGCUUGCCAACUUUAGAACACGAUUCAUCCUCAGUAACCUCAGAAGCCGUUGGCGAAGAGGAACUGACCAAUGAAGUACGAACUACUUUAUCGAGUAUUGCUGAAGAAAAAGAAUCUCACACAAGUGAGUAUGGAACUUUAAAUGAAUCUGUGGCGCUUGAAUCUAUUGCAUCAAAUCUGUCACCCAAAGAGCGGCUUCUAAUGGACACCAUAGUACAUAUGGGACACUGGUUAACGGAAACGGAACGUGACGCAUCUUUGACCGUCGAUUUGGCCGAUUCGGAAAGCAUAAGAAAUGCAGUCAUUCAAAUGCAGGCUUUUAUUGAUCAGUUAAAAAUGCGCUAUCUGGAUUUAAUCCGAAUUUUGGAUGAAAGUCAAAAUAAGGUAGUACGGGAAAGGAGUGAGGUAAUGACUGUGGAGUGUAAUAGGAUAUUGGGUGAAUGUCAGAGGCGAAAAAUGACAUUAACUAAAAUGCUGGAAGAAAGUCGAGCUUGGGAUAAAUUAAGAAAAUCUUUGAGUACAUGGCUUGCUAAUGUUCAAGAAAGAGUAGCUGAUGGCAGUAAGGUGGAUGCAGCUGACCUACAAACACUCAAGCAAGAGCUUAGCGAGAUUCAAGGAAUAGCUGAAAUAGCGGGAGAAAUGAAAUUCAAGAUGGAUGAACUGAAUGAGUGUAGCAACGCUUUACUGGAUAAUUACCGCGCUGAUGAAGGACAUAACUUAUCUCACACAAUCUCAAGGCUGAAUGCUUUAUGGAGUAAAUUUAACGAUAAUGUUCGUAUUCGUCGGGCGGUGCUAGAGGCAGCUCUUCGAGCUAGAAGUGAUUUCUAUUCCUCUCUAGAACAACUGGAAGAAUGGAUGAAUAGUGUUGAGAUGUCUUUGGUAGAGCUCAAUGAAAUGACAAUAAAUACACAAAUGCUUAAAGAUUCUGUUAAAAGAAAGAAAUGGAUCGAAGAUGAGAAGAGUAUACGAGCUGAUAUGAAUGCUCAUAAGGAUGUUAUCGGAUCAGUGGAAGAUAUGGGUGCUCAACUGACAUGUCGAGUGGAAGAUCUUAAAGAACGUGAACAUCUCAAAGAGCGGUUAAGUCAUAUCGAUAUCAGAUGGCGACAUCUGGUCGGAUUAGCUGAUGCUAUCAGAACCCGUCUAAUGAAUGCUCAGGAAGAAUGGGAAAAAUUAUUCACGCAGUUGGCUGAAAAUUUGUUUUGGGCUGAAGCACAAAGUAAAGCAUUACUUGAAGAACAACCAGUGGGUGGUUCGCUGGCUCGGGUACAAGAACAAACCAGUUUCGUCCAGAAACUUGAACAUGAAAUGAAGCUUCGUCAGCGUGAUGUUGACGAAUGUAUAACAUUGGCCCAUAGUUAUCUUAUGCAGCAUGACCUACGACCCCGAACGAGAAGUACCAGCGUUUUGUCGCCAGAUAAAGAAAAUGAUGAUGAGAAUGCGGAACUAAGACGUGUCGGUAUUCAAAUUAAAUCUGAUAGUGACCGUUUGGUACAGGAAUGGAAUGAAUUGCGAGAACAGCUGAAUGCCUGGGCAUAUAUCAUUCAUGAUGCAAAUGCAAAGAUGGAAAAAUUAGCAUCAGCUAUAGCAGAAUGUCAGUUGGCACUUUCAAAUAUGGAAGAACGAAUGGAACAACUUCGACCCAUAGAAGAAUUAAGAUUAGAAGAGUUAACAGCAGCAGUUGAUGAAAGUGAACAAUUGAAGGAGUAUUUAGCUCGAACACGAAUAUAUGUCGAUGAUGCAAAUGACUGGAGUGGGCAGCUGUUAGCAUCGGAUAUCGAACUGUCAUCUGAGCCAAGUGCGCAAUUGAAGUCAAUCAAUGAUAGGAUAACAAAGUUGAAAUCAGAUUUACGAAUUCGUACCGCGGCUUUGGAACGAGCUAUGACCGAUUUUGGUCCAUCGAGUCAACAUUUCUUAAGAGACAGUGUUCAGGCACCCUGGCAACGAGCUGUUUCUACUUCUAAUCAAUUACCUUAUUAUAUCAAUCACGAAACGGAAGUGACUCAGUGGGAUCAUCCAGCAAUGGUUGAGAUUAUGGAGGAACUCACCACUUUCAAUCAGGUCAAAUUUAGUGCUUAUCGAACAGCGAUGAAAUUGCGAGCAAUCCAGAAGCGUCUGUGUUUGGAUUUACUAACUCUGGAAGAUAUAGACUUGAGUCUGCAAGCUCUCAAUUCAAUGCUAGGUGAGCAGUGCUUAUCGAUGAAAGAUGCAGUAAUGUGUUUGGUGCCUUUGUUUGAGACAGCACAAGAAAAGUAUCCCAAAUUGAUACACUCCAUACCACUGGCUGUUGAUUUACUGCUCAAUUUUGUUUUGAAUGUGUACGACCCGGCACGUGAUUGUAUCAUGCGGAUAUUUUCGUUUCGUGUGCUUCUCGCAACAUUAUGCAAUUCAAAUCUGGAAGAUAAAUAUAGAUACUUGUAUCAACUUAUUGCAAACAACGAAGGUGUUGAUCAGAAGAAACUUGCCCUUCUCUUAUAUGAUAUCAUCCAUAUUCCAAGAUUUUUUGGCGAAGCAGCAGCAUUUGGUGGCUCGAAUGUGGAACCAUCGGUGCGAUCAUGUUUCGAAACAGCAAAAUACCCACGAUUGAUUUCAGUUGAUGAAUUUUUGAAUUGGUUAAAAAAGGAACCACAAAGUAUUGUUUGGUUACCCGUUAUGCAUCGACUAGCUAGUGCCGAAUUUGCUAAACAUCAGGCGAAAUGUAAUGUCUGCAAGAUGUUUCCAAUUAUUGGAUUACGUUACCGCUGUUUACGAUGUUUCAAUGUUGAUGUUUGUCAAAACUGUUUCUUUAGUCAAAGACUUGCUAAAAAUCAUAAAUUAUCACAUCCGAUACAGGAAUAUUGCUUACCAACGACAUCAGGUGAAGAUGUGCGUGAUUUUGGCCUAAUAGUAAGAAACAAAUUGCGAUCAAAGAGUAAGACACGAAUCGGUUAUCUACCAGUACAAACGGUAGAUGAGGGACCUCCGUUGGAAACCGGUAAUGUUACUCCUGCUAAUCCAUUCACCGAACCAGUCCACAAUCGAAUACAGCUUUGUGCUCGAAGAUUAUGGAGGGCGCAAGGUGAAAAUGGUACACCGAUCCCUGCUUCAAACGACACUGGAGAGGAAAUGAGAAUGAGCAUGACAGAGUUGAAGUCACCUUUACAGCUUUUGUCCCAGGUUGAACAAAUGCACAAGGAGGAGUUGGAUCAAGUACUGCACAAGUUGCAGCACGAAAAUAGAGAACUAAAGAAAGAAAUUGAAAGACGGAGGAAGCUUGGUAAUGCUGUGGGCUCAACGCCGAAUCUAACGCGAGGAAGUAAUGCAGCAAUGUCUCGAAGUGUUACUGAUAACAUGGGAACUGGACGAUCUGUUCCCUCACUUUCUAGUUCUGGCGACGAUCAGCUAUUGAGAGAGGCGUACCUGUUGCGACAGCAUAAGGAACGGCUGGAACAACGAAGCCGGAUAUUAGAAGAACAAAAUCGUCAACUUGAAACACAACUUGCAAGGUUACGAACAGUUAUUGCUCAACAACAAAAUGCUGGAAGCGAAAAUAAGGAAAGUGGUCCGGAAGAACCUGAAUCUAGUGAGGCUUCGGCUGAAGAAGAUGAAGGUAUUGAGUACGAUACAAGACCGAAUCGCAUGAAUUCUCUCAUCGCUUCCGUGGAUCAGCUCGGUCGUGCAAUGCAAUCAUUUGUCGUUUCGGUUGUCAACGACGGUGAUGAAACAAACGAAGAUGAAGAUGAAGUGACUAUCACUGGAAUUUACUGA